CUCCGCAGAACACAUAGUGCACAAUGGGCUCCUAUUUAUCCGUCAAAAUAGCUGGUUCAAAUUGACAGCGCGACCCAUGUCAAAACAAACUUCCAUAAAUAAAAAAUACAAAAGAGUGAAAAGGUGUUCUUGUAAUUUUAUCACAAGUUUAAUUUACAUUUUCUGUUUUCACUCCGAAAAUACUGUCCAUCUUUGAAGCAUAUACCUGGUUUCCGUAAUUGCGACAGUUUCUUUUUGCAUCGAUAAAUCGAGUUUCAAGGCACCUAACCUUCGGAAACGAGUCUGGUGUACUGACUGAAGACCAAAUGGGAAAACUUACGACGAAUUCGUCGAAUUCAACAACGUCGUCGUCGUCAUCACCCGCGUCGAAGCAGGUGUACCAGCAUAGGACUUUGGAGCAGAUUGGAAAUGAUCUGCUGCAGGAAUGCAAAACAUGCACCGAAAACUCACGCCUUUCGCAAGGACUACGCGAGCGUUUGGAGCGACUUCCGAGGAAGAUGCGGAAGGAAGUUGUAAAACGUACGAGCGACGGCUGCUCACCACUCUUCAUCGCAUGUCGCCGAGGUAAUGUGUAUAUCACAGAAUAUUUGAUCACGGUAUGCGAAGCAGAUAGCGAACAGAAGGGGCUGUACGAGGUGCCAGAAGAUCGAUCGGUCCACUGCGUGACUCCUCUCUGGUGUGCAUGCGUUUCCGGCAAGCUUCCCGUCGUGAAGUGUCUUGUGCGUCUUGGUUCAAACAUCAAUGCCCUCUCGGAUACCGGAUCAACACCGUUACGUAGUGCUUGCUUUAUGACACACAUCGAUAUUGUGCAAUUUUUGGUGGAACACGGGGCGGAUAUCAGAAAGCCAAACUACAACGGUGGAACAUGUCUGAUCAAUUCCGUACAAUCGGUCACACUUUGUACAUACCUUAUCAGCAAAGGGGCAGAUGUGAAUGCCCGUGAUAUUCAGAACAAAACGGCACUACACUACGCUAUUCAGGAACAUCGACUGGAAACGGCCCAACUAUUGCUGGAACAUGGGGCCGAUCCAUUCGCCAAAUCGCACUACGGGGAUGAUGCGCUGCAAACUGCCUGCCUCAAGGGAGCCUACCACAUAUUCGAUUAUUUGAAAAAGCGCAUCAACUAUUCUGCCGAACGACUGGCAGACGCACACGAGCUCUUUGGGUCAACGCUUAUCGACGAUCUUAAUGUGACGCGCGGUGCCGUCCUUCAUUGGCGAAUGGCGCACCAGAUUCGCUUACGGGAAGCAGAGUAUAUCACCAAGAAACCUCCAGUCGAGCCGCGGGCGGCUUAUGGGUUUGCGUCCGAGUUUACUACGAUACCGGAGCUGGACAAUAUUGCAGCAGACAUGGACGCAAUACGGGUACAGAGCUUGCUAAUUUACGACCGCAUUCUCGGCAUCGACCAUCGCGAUACACUGUUCCGGUUGAUGUUUCGGGGUGCGUCUUAUGCUGAUGCACAUCGCUUUCAGCGUUGUAUUGAUCUGUGGCUGCUGGCACUACAGGUGCGGGUGCAAAAGUACUCCAUCCUGUACUCGGACACGUGCUUAACGGCACAGGCCCUGGUACGAUUGAUGCUAGACCUUAUAGAUGGGUACGACGAAAUGAUGCCCGUUGAGUUGUACGAGGGAAGCGUCCCGCGGUUCGAGGAUGUCUAUGCCGUUUUCAGCAUCCUCACAGCAAACAUAGCCGUGGCCCAGCAGCUCAUCAGCAUCCGGCCGGUGCAUCGGAAGCAGCAGGAAAACUUUGAUCGCGUCAUAAAAUGUCUUACGCAUCUGAUGUAUCUAAUGCUAGCCACAGCCAAAACGGAUGCAGACCGUUCUGCAAUCUACAAAUCGGUGCACACGCUUGUAUGCAGCCAAGUUCGCAGCGCCAUCACCAACGACACACUGCUGCACCUAUCCGUCUCGCGCCUGAACGUGAUAAGAAGUGGCUACUUCAGCGACGAUUCCAACUCUCUCAGAAUCGUGUUUCCCAGUUUGAACGUGGCCAAACUGCUGCUCGACUGUGGAGCCGAUGUGAAUGCGAAAAAUGAAUCCAAAUCAACACCGCUUUUGGUAGCUGCUAUGCCUUACAACUACGAUCGAGAUGUAAUCUACACACUGCUUGAGUACGGAGCACAUCUGGAUGAACCGAAUCGGCACGAUGAUCGUCCAUUGAAUUUGAUACGCAACAAUCCCAUCAACGACAUUCCGACGGUAAACUACCUUCCACUGAAGUGUCUCUGCUCGACGGUGAUCGUGCGAUUUGGCAUACCGUAUCGUAACCAGAUACCGCGUACACUUGAGGAGUUUGUCAAGCGGCAUGAACCGUAGAUAAAUCCGUCGGUACAACCGCAGUAAAGCAAAACAUGUUAGUGAGUACCAUUACACAAGUUACGAUUUUUGACGGAACGAAAUCAUCGACUAUCGUUCGGUUUUGGUUCUGCUAAGUUUGAAAUCUGUGAUUCUUUUAGAAAACAGUCACUAGAAUUUGAUUCAAUGCAUUGCAAUGGUCGUAAAAUUGAUCAGAAGAUAAGAGCUGUUCGUCAAUUCAUUAGCAAUAAUUAGCACCUCGGAAAGGAAAGAAUGAAUUAUUUUUUUAGUAAUACCUAAUACAUAUAGCAGCAUAACACACACACACACACAAUACGGUUCAAAGGAAACGUGUACUUUGCAUAACAUAUAAUGAACUAGAAAAAAAUUAUAGACACAACACUCUAGUAGCCCUUCAAGUGGAUUAAAAUCGAUGCAGUGAUACAAAAUCUAAAUAGCACUAAUGGCUCAACAAAUCUGUUAUAUCUGUUGUCUCAAAUCCUAAUCCUUUUUUGGUUUUUACGUUUUUUUUAUAAACCGCAAUUGACGUUUCUGAAUUACUACCCUUAUUAGCGAGGGAUUCAAUUGAUAGUCUCUUGCAUGUUAUUUCAAAGCCUGAUUACAAUGAAAACCUGUGUGAAAUUAAGUCGAAUACGUAUUGUUUCGGCAAGUAUUCAACGAUCAGGCAAUGCAAAAUAAUAUUUCUCAAAUGCUUGUAAAAGCAAUGAAAUCCUCGAAAAAAUACUUCUAAUUUACCGUUUAUUAAGAGUAGCACUAUGUUGUGAACUGUUACGAAUCAUACCAUACCUUUUGGCAAUAUAUUCAUAGUUAAUCAAUCAUCUGCAAAUGGACAAAUUGAAUGAUAAGGAACAUCUUCCCAUGAAUUGAUUGAUAAUAAAUAACAAACUUAUUUAAACACACAAUGAAGGUGCACUGCUAGUAAUUUCGGCCACUGUUUAAACUGAACGGAAACAUUAGCAAUACCAAUUUCAGCAAUAUCUCAUAAAAAGUUGUGCAUGAUAGCGCGGUUAAAAAAGUGCAAGUAUAAGCUGCAAACGUGCACUUAAAAUGAAAAGCAAAUGUUAGAGGCAUAGCAAUAUACACUCUAACGACGCAACUGGAGUGUAACUACUUUGCCAACACCAAUACAUAACCAAAUAUAUGAUGAUCGUACAUAGCCACCCACUAUAGCAUACCUUGUUGAUUGAUCAACCAUAACCAAUCCUUCCGGAAAUUAAAAUGCUUGCCUAACAGCGCUUUACCACAGCAUAGUUUUAACUGUUCAGUUCAGAGGAAGCGAUGAAGAAAGGGUGGAAGUUCCACUAGUAGACCUACUUAGCUUAUGCAAAAGAUCCCACUGAAAAUGAAGGCUAUAAGUAACGCAGCAAAUAUUAAUGCAUAAAGAAUAUAAUAGAAACGAAUAAAAAAAUACAAAUCUUUGCUUUCAUUAAUUGAAUGCCUGAUGUGCAUGUUGUUCUUCCACCACAGUAACAAUACUUAAUUUUAGUACGUUUAUAAUUCUACAAUGCAUGCGAGGACAUGCAUUAACGCAUAUAUGCAUGUUACAGCUUUUUAUUGCAUUUUUGUAAAAUCUGUAAUAACGUACUAAAUUAAAACACAGUGGAACCCCUUAUAACAAGUUUUUGCAUAACGAACUCAAAUCUGAACAAGUGUAAAGGAUCUAAUUUAAAAUCUAGAGCAAGAUCGGUUAACGUCGAGCAUUUCUUUAUUUUCGCACAGGCAAAUGAGUUUCGAUACUAAGAAUCGUUUAAUAGAAAUCAUUUGCCAGGAGGAGAAGUGCCGAAUAAUAGUACACAAGUGUGUGGUAUGUUUACGAGUGUUUUUUUUUUUGCGUUUCGAUACUGAGAUACUAUCAACAAAUGUGAAAAGAGUGUCCCGCAUAACGAGUGAGUCACUGAAACGCAUUCAACUCGUUAUGUGCGGUUCCACUGUAUACUGCUUUCAUGUUAAACGUAAAUUUAUAGAGAACAAGCAAAUAGAACGUUAUGUAAAAUAUAUUACCGAAUAAUUGUGAUUAUUAUAAAUAAAGCAAAACUCGAAAUAUAAUAA